CUGUAGCACGUGGCUGGCGCCGUGAGAUUCUGAGCGGUUUGCAAGGCGGGGAUCAGCGCAGAGGCCGUGGGAUCGCCGCGGGUGGGUCCGUCUCUGUGUCGCUCCUGUCCCCGCGCAGAGCAGACGGCCCCUGGUGGCGCUGGAGAUCGUGUUUCUCUCAUGGACUACCGGCGGCUGCUGAUGAGCCGGGUGGUCCCCGGGCAGUUUGACGAUGCGGAUUCCUCCGACAGUGAAAACAAAGACUUGAGUACAAUUAAAGAGGAAGAUGACAUCCUGUUUGAAGACCUUCAAGAUAAUAUGAAUGAGAAGAAGGGUGAAGAUGAGAUGGAGGAAGAGGAGGAUUAUGAUGAUGAUGAUGAUUGGGACUGGGAUGAAGGAGUUGGAAAACUCACCAAGGGUUAUACCUGGACUGGAGGAAGUAACCCACAGGUGAAUCGACAGACUUCCAACUGCAGUUCGGCUAAAAUGUCUACGCCAGUGGACAAGGUCUUACGGAAAUUUGAGAAUAAAAUCAAUCUAGAUAAACUGAAUGUUACUGAUUCUGUCAUAAAUAAGGUCACUGAAAAGAAUAGACAAAAGGAAGCAGAUAUGUAUCGCAUCAAAGAUAAGGCAGACCGAGCCACUGUAGAACAGGUGUUGGAUCCCAGAACACGAAUGAUUUUGUUCAAGAUGUUGACUAGAGGAAUCAUAUCAGAGAUAAAUGGCUGCAUUAGUACAGGAAAAGAAGUGAGCUUUUCUUUGGAUGACUGA